AUGCCGAGGUUGGCUGGCUCUAAGUAUUUCAUCCACGAAGCUGAAGAGAGUCUCCAGUAUGUCGAGCGAAAAUUUACAGGUGGUCGGAAAUCUCGACGUACACGAGAAGAUGGUGGUAAAACCGUGACUUCAUGUGAUUCUUCAUCCUAUCACGGCCGAUUCGCUAUUUCAUUGUUCGUCUCCGAGUUCCACCAUAUCCUGUAUGCUUGUAAGUGA